UUAUUUUUAAUAUUUAAUGAAACUGUCAAAAAUUGUAGAAAAUGGCUAGUAAUCAAGGAAAAGGAAAGGGUUUUUUUAGACAAUUGUUGAGAGGUAAUAGUUCUAAGCCUACCUUACUCAGAGGGGACCCGCAUAAGAGGGGGGUAACAGAUUCUGCUAGGAGGACUAGGCAGGAAGAGGCUGCCAGACACAGUGAGGCCCAACGGUCGAGUACACUGAACCAAAUGAUUACUCAUUUUGAUGACCAGGCUAGCAGCCUCCAGAGUAGUUGGGGGGUUUCUAGUGAUGAUGAUAAUGAUUCUGAUGAUGUUCAAUUCCAAGGUCCUGAUUCUCGCCCAUUGGACUGGACUGUUGUUCGGGGCCCCGACGACAGAUUCGCCCGUGACGGCCCAAGUUCUUCUGCCGCAUCUGAGCGCGCAGGACGUAGUUUCGUCGAUAAUGAGCUGCCACGGAAGAGAAGGCCCUCACAGUCCGCCAACACAUACUAGUUAGUCACAUCACCCCAGCCCGGGGGACCGACAGAUAUGCGACUGAUCCCUAGCUAUGGCGGGCACAUAGCUAAACUUAUUUUUGACGACUCCGAACGUACGCCUCCGAUUCUGGAUUGCCGUAUUAGGAAGAGGCUGGUGGAGGUGUAUUUGUCGGAGCGGACAUUUCGACAGAUCGGGUUCGUGCAGGCUAUUCCUCCCGCUCCUAUGAGACCAGCCAAGGCUCUCCAACCGGCACACGGAACCUACUCCGUGACCUUUAUUUCUUCUGCUGUAUAUUUGGAGGCAUGGAGUAGGUUCCCCUUUAGCGCCCGCCUUGUUGAGCAGGGACUUUGUCGGGCUUCUAUUCCUUCAGAGGUUGAACCUAAUUACGUAGACUGGUUUAGACUGUGCUCGCACCUGUACAUAGCCCCGACGAAGGGCCGACUUCCGAUCCUGGUCCUUCUCAAAGCAGAGUUGAAUACUUCCUAAAUGAAUGGCCCAGUCGAUUCGCUCCAGUGGCAAGACUACCUCCUCAGCUCGCGGAUUUGAACCCCCGUCAACGACAUGCAUUAGAAAUAUACCUUAAUGCUUGUAGAGAUUUAUUUGAAGAAUGGAAAAUUUUUAAAGGGCAUGGCCCUUCAUAGUCUGUAC